AUGCCUAUUUUAAAAUCAAUUUUGCCUGCAGCUGCCUCGGCACUGCAAACUGCGUUCCACUGGUUCGCCAGUAUUCUUUCCUCCGCCUCCGCCUCCUCCUCUUCUGCCUCCUCUGCCUCCUCUGCCUCUUCUGCCUCCUCUGCCUCCUCUGCCUCCUCUGCCUCCUCUGCCUCUUCUGCCUCCUCUGCCUCCUCUGCCUCUUCUGCCUCCUCUGCCUCCAUCGCCACCACCAAGGACGACAACCACAACCAGGCCGCUAUUGAGCUCACUGCUGAAGAUCUACACGGCGGUCUCGGUUGUGGAGACGGCGGCCUCGGUUCUGAAGGCGGCAAUAUCGUUGAUGAGGACCGUGUUCCUCAUUAUUAA